AGAGAGAGGAGCCUAGUUGAAAUGCGCGGUGCAUUCUUCUGUGGAGGGCGAAGCGAGCAGCCGUCCGCAGGGCAGCAGAAUUGCUCGAAAUAUCUCCAGUGAUCAUUCAACCCUCAGCGAGGAGAGGUGAAUUCAUCCCUCGAUCUUCCUGCCAAAGAAACACGUCACAUCGUUGUCCUGGUAAGAAGUCCGCAACAUUUUAUCCAAACUGCCGUUCGGGUGGAAGUUGUGUUGCCUGGAGCCACCGGGGAGUCUUGUACCUUCGCAGCCCCGUUUGAGUUGAUUUGUCCCCUGCGGAGUGCGCAGCCUUUCAUCGGCCCGGAGGAUCCACAGAGCAGGAGAGUUACAUUUGGAGAAGACCGAUACAAUGAUCCCGAGGUGAGCUGACGCUGACGUGUUCGUCUGUCCGGCUGUCUGAGCUCGAUGUUUAAAGGAAGCUCCUCACUGAGAAACACAAAAUGUCUGCUGCUAACAUCAGCCCGCUGAUCCUCGCCAUCCUUCUCCUCCUCUUACCCUCGGUUUCGAUCCAACAGGUGCCCUCUAACUGUGUGAUCAAGAGGGAGGAGGAGAAAUGCAUGGAAAUGAUUGCGUCAGAUGAUCCUGGCAAUGAUCCAGAAUUUGGCUGUCCAUGGAUGUGGGACAACCUGACGUGUUGGCAGCCUGCCAGGAUCGGUGAGGUGGUUGAAGUCAACUGUCCCGAACUCUUCUCUCAGUUCAUGAGUGAAGAAGACUACGAGCCAGGGAAGGUGAGUCGUAACUGCACUGAGUUUGGCUGGUCUGAGACCUUCCCUCAUUACGUUGAUGCCUGCCUUUAUGAGGAAGGAAACGGCAGCCAUCCGGAGCUGUACUACGUGGCAGUAAAGGCUCUGUACACUGUGGGCUACAGCACCUCCUUGGUCUCCCUCACCACGGCCAUGGUCAUCCUGUGCAGGUUCAGGAAGCUGCACUGUACCAGGAACUUCAUCCACAUGAACCUAUUUGUGUCGUUCAUCUUGAGAGCUAUUUCGGUCUUCAUCAAAGACGGCGUGCUGUAUGCCAAAGAGGACAGCGAGCACUGCUUCAUACACACUGUGGCGUGUCGAGCAGUGAUGAUAUUCUUCCAUUACUGUGUCCUUUCUAACUACUUCUGGCUCUUCAUCGAGGGUCUCUACCUCUUCACUUUACUGGUGGAGACCUUCUUCCCUGAAAAGAGAUACUUCUACUGGUACAUCAUCAUUGGCUGGGGAACCCCCACGGUGUGUGUGACCAUCUGGGCGGUGCUGAAGCUACACUUUGAUGAUUUAGGGUGUUGGGACAUGAAUGACAAUGCUGCCAUCUGGUGGGUGAUCAAGGGACCUGUGUUGGCUUCCAUUAUGGUCAACUUUGUGCUCUUCAUUGGAAUCAUCAUAAUUCUUGUCCAGAAGUUACAGUCCCCAGAUAUCGGUGGAAAUGAAUCCAGUAUUUACCUGAGGUUGGCCCGCUCCACUCUGCUACUGAUUCCUCUAUUUGGGAUCCACUACACUGUGUUUGCCUUUUCCCCCGAGAACGUCAGCAAGAAAGAGCGCCUGGUGUUUGAGCUCGGCCUUGGAUCCUUCCAGGGCUUUGUGGUGGCUGUCCUCUACUGCUUCCUGAAUGGAGAGUAUAUCCCUCAAGGUGCAAUCGGAGAUCAAGAGGAAAUGGCGCAGCUGGACGGUGAACAGAUACUUUGCUGUGGACCUGAAGCACCGGCAUCCUUCGCUGGCGAGCAGUGGGGUGAACGGGGGAACGCAGCUGUCGAUCCUCAGCAAGAGCAGCUCGCAGAUCCGCAUGUCCAGCCUGCAGGCAGAGACCCCGGCCACCUGAGCAGCACAGGCGGGAACGCCACCAUUGGACCUGACGCUGCCAAACCUGCCACACCCACUGUCCUCCCCAUGACCAGCCUCACCAACCCGUUCCUCAACCCGUACCCCAAUCCGUACCAAGAUGAAACCAUGAUGGAAACCCAGCUUAACUCCACCGACCCAGAACAACCUCUAGUCUGACCUGCUUUGCCCGAACAUGACCGAACCUGAAUGUCAGACGUCACUUAGAGAAUCUUUUCAUGUCCAGACCUUUGACCUGGUUUAGGAGUGAAAAACAAACUCAGUCCACCUGUUCCGGACCAGCCUAUCACCUUCAAAGGGCAUGAGCAGGAAUUCUGUGUAAAUCGAGUGUCUUGUUGGGCUUAAACAUGCAGAAGAGGCAUGGUUAUCUCUCUGUAUAUAUUGUAUUAGUGUUUGUCUGGUGCUACAGUCUUUGCUGCUGUAUAGCACAGGGGGACCAGCUUAUUACUGCAGCCCUCUCACAGUGAUCAUUCCAGUCUGUCUGAGCAAGUUUUUACAUUUGUCCUCAAGAUUCACCUUUUCCUCAAAAUGUGUUUAAGACUGUAACUAUACACUAUUUUCAUCUUUAGAUACAGAAGUUACAGCUGCUUCAUAUACGACAGACAACACUUGGCAAUGUAAAUACCUUAAAGGGACACUCCAUUGAUUUUACACAUAAAGGUCACUUAUCAGGCUAUGAUGUAAUGUGUGGCUCUGAAAAAAAUAACCCUAGCGAUGUCAUGAUAAUGUCAUCAGGGUUUUUUCAGCUUGGGCACACGUUUUAACAGAAAACCUGUGUUAAAAACUGAGGGCAUGGUGGUUGAAACAUGCCGGUACUCACUACAAGAGCUGGAUCUAUCAAACGGAUAUAGUUUGCUGCAUUAUGGGAAAUGUAGUAUUCAGUGUUUUUGGAGCUUGCCCCAAACUUUGGACUGAAAUUCAAGAUAUUUUGUCAUCUGCUGCUUUAACUCUGACGCGCCCUAAUGUACAGUUGUUACCUUAAAUGAGUGGAAGUUGAUGCACACAUCAGUGUUAAAUCUUUCACCAUCAAAUCAGUGUUAUAGAUAGAGCUUAGGGUCAGCUGAAACAUUAUGAACCCCAAGUCAAACCCAGACUUAUUGAACCCAUUCAGAAAGCUCAGUAUUAUUUUUCACUACUGGCACAAGCCCACAUUUCCUGUGUAAACUGUGACUGAUGUACAACAAUAUAAGGACUGAAGAAUGUCAAGGAGAAAUUUCAUCUGGAUCUAACAGGUGAAACCUGGAAGAGCAGUAUUUAUGAGAAGGACAUAUUUUCUACAGUUAUGUGAAAUGCCAAAAAAAAGAGAGAGGGAAAAAAACAUACCAGGGUUAGAUGAUCACUCUGAGGGUCUUCUUCUUCUUCGUGUGCACAGUGCUGAGGUUUGCCAACUACGACCACAAACACAGACCUCUCUUUGAAAUCUCAGCACUGCAAACUAGACGUCUGAGAAGAAGGCACCUUUGGAGAUCAGCGUGUCUGUAGUUUCAAACAGCCGUUAGUACAGAAAAUGUCAAUGAAAAUGAACUCAUGACUAAAGCUACAUGAGUUUAACUGCUUGCAUGAAAUUGCAUUUAUUGUCCACGUGGUUUUGGUUACUUUUUUGGUGAGAAUUUGGUGUUUAAUUGGUUGUUAAAGUUUUUGUUUUUUUUCACAAACUUCGGGCUGUUGUGGAGGUGACAUGCUGUAAUACUGAUUCUCCUGUCACUUUGUAAAGCUGAGCCUCUUCAACAGCCUCCUGCAGGAAGUUUCAACAUUGUACUGGUUGAAGUGAAGGUGUAGACCGUCGGAAACAUCACAGCACUUCACUGUUUUUGGGUGAAAAUUUCCUUAUUUGUUUCCGGGCAAAAAAAAAAAAGGGCCAUUUGAAAAAGUUGUUUUAAUUUUGAUUAAUGAGGGCUUUUUCUCAGACCAAUCCCUCAUACCACCUCGCAGUAUCACCUCUGUGUUUCUGCAGUUAUUGUCUCUGGUAGCAUUUGCUCUCUUUAUGCUUGAAAACAGGCACAUUGAGAUGGAUGCUACAUUUUGAGAGGGACUUUUAACUCGGGGGUAAUUCUCUCAUUCCAAAGACAAAUUAAUUGACUCCUCACUGAGUUUUGCACGGCCGUAUCUGUUUGCAAAGGCUGAGUUAGCUUUGCAACUGAUGUCACUGCAGAUGUUUCUUUUGGUCUGACUCAACUAUCCUCUGAAUCCCUACGUUCGACUCUACUUUGUGUCUCCAAAAGUGCCUUUAAGCACAAAACAAGUAUUUUGACUUCUGUUGAUGAUUUUUAAAAAAGGGAUUUCUGUUUUUAAUUUCCAAACGAAACUGCAAAGUAAAGAAAAUGGUUGAACAAAGUGCUUUUAUGAUGCUUAAGACUAAAUCAGUAUUUUAAACCUGGAGGCCUUCAAAGUAACUUGUCUUUGCUAAAGAUGAGCAGAACAUACGACCAAUUAGUGUUUUGGAUAAAGCAGUGCUACAGUAUAUUAACUCAGUAAGUCAAUGUACAGUACACUAUAUCACAUGCACACAAAAAAUAAAUAUGUUCCACUUUUCUUAUUUUGCAGACACAUCCUUUAUUUUUGUCAACAGCAUAAAAAUGGAAAAUUACCGGGCUGUAAGUCUCAUGUUUCUGAACCACAAGAUUCUCGUCUUUAUGAUAUUUUUCAAAAUAUGAGACCAUUCUAUACUAAUAUCGUUUCGUAUCCUAAAUUCCCAUUACUAUGACUGAAUUUCCAAAUUUUGUAAGGACAAAAACCUUUUGUCAAACUGCAACUGUCUGAAAUGUCUGAAGUGUCUUCAAAGACAAACUGAAAUGGAAAACCAACAAAACAACAACAAAUGAGUGCAUUCUUUGAUUAAGAGAUAUUUGCUGUUUCUUUUCUGAAUACACAUUAAUCAUAGCUGAUAUUCAUAGAAAGGUACAUCUGCUCAUUUCAGUAUUAUACUGUAGUUAAAUGUUGAGUUUUCUCCUCAUCAACUGUUUAAAGUCAGACAAUUAACAUUGUUUUGGUAAUUUGCAGGUGAAAGACAUCAUGUAUAGAGUCCCAAAACUGACAAAAUAUCAUUAAAUAAUAAUUUUCACAGAUCUACAUUUUUUUACAUGAGUAUGGAUAUCAGAUUUUACUUUAACGAUCGUAAAAUCUACAUUAUCUGCACCAGAUGGUCAUUUUAUCUGGCUCACCCUUAGUACAACAAAAAAAAUUCAUAUUUCUUUUAACACUCCAUUUAUAAUUUUUUUACCAGUAUUAUUUAUUAAUGUAUACAGUUGUAUUUUUUACUUUUUUAAACUAAAACAUUUUGAUAGUUUCAGGACUCCGUGUACCUCGUUUUUAACAUACUGAGGUCGUGAGUCCAAAUUCAUGAAAAAAAAAAUCUGAUAUGAUUUCUGUAAAUUUUAUCUCACUACAUCACUACAUAAUGGUCUAGAUGCUGUUUUAAAGCCUUCUCCACACUGCCAAGAAGAUAAUGGAAAAGUAUUUUAUCCUUUUAUUGAUAUCUAAGACUUUUUUUCUAGAAACCAUUUUUAAUAUCUAAUAUUAAAAGAAUAUCAAAAGAGUAAAAGUGCCAAAUUUCCAGAAACAAUACUGAGGAUAAAACCUGUGUCUUAAAUGACAGCCCUGUAUCGAGGUUUAAACUGAGCUAAGUUUGAUUUUUUGACAUUUAGAUCAACAUAAUUUUAAUCAGUAUAUUUCAGUGUCCAGCAGAUUCUUAGUGGACACUGAAAUAUAGUUGCUAAAAUGAUAAGAGGUAAUUGUUUGUAACUGUUCACGCCUCAGCCACAUUUUGUCGAGUUUUGCACUCUGUCUAUACUGCACAUGUCUUGACCUGCAAAUUACCACAUGCAUUCUUUCUGGGAGUCCAGACCAAAUGAAGGCAGAGAGAGAAAAGAAGGGCUGACCGGAAACUGUAUCGUCCUGUUGUUCUGCUGUGUAUAUGUGCAGUGUGACCUGCAAUAAUAACAGUGCAGAUCCAACAGCAGCCAUAAGGGGGCCCUGUUUCAUCUUCUGAUGUUUAGGGAAAGGGCUGGACAAUCACCACCUCUGCUCUGGUUCAGUUGAAUGUUCAGUUGAGUUCAUAACAGACAUUAUGACAAUCUCACCGGGUCAUGAGCCUAAGUUUGUUCAUGUAUUUAUGAAGUAUUUCCUUUAGUGUUAAUAUGGGAGUUGGAGCCUUAUAUUGCCAGUACUAUGUUGAUGUCAGACAAAGAUGUUGCUAUUAUUAUAAGAAUAAAUAUUCAUUUGAACCUGUUGUUUUGAACUAUGAAGUAGUUAGCUGAAGUGUUUGAAAGGUCUGUAGCCAACCUUUGUGACUAAAUAAACUACAGUUUAAAUGUGCGACACAGAAACAAGCUGCCAACGUUGUACCUUGUAAAUGGAGUUUUCUGUGGUUCAAAGUGAAUAACUGUCAUUUAAAAACUUUGCGCUGUGAUUGUUCUCAUAUUUUUUAUCAUUUUUCUUAAUGGUGAUCGUGUUUUGCUAAAAGUAUAAAGCCUCCUGUAAUGCCUCUGUACUCUCUAAUAGGCUGAUGCAUGCGUGUUAAAUCGUUAUGAUCUCAUUUGACCAGCAGAUGUAAUCACAAGGGAGGGUCGAGCUUUCAGGACAUUAAAGGGAAUCUGAGCUGCAUGCUCGUUUUCAAAUGGAUGAGGCAAUUAAUAAGCUAGAACGUGAAUAUUGGGUUUGAACUGUGAACGAUUUAUCAAACUGUAGCUCCAGUCCCAUCAGGACCCAUCAAAUACUUUUCCUUUGAAUGUUAAUCUUUGCAGACAUGAGGAAAAGUAAAGUGCCAUAAAACUGCUGUACUCAUUUUGUUCUUAUUGAUUUUUACUGCACAGCAUGACAAGAAAACUGGUUUCAAAUGUUUUUCCUUUGUAGCUUUUUGAUGGUGGUUAUCUUUAUUGAAUUGCGUCAUUGUACCAAUUGCCUGUUGAAUCAGUUAGAGGUUAAAAAAACUGGGGCUCAGUAGUUUGUGUACUGAUAGCUGAAUGUAAAAGUGACUUAAAGCACUCUGCCAUGAGCCUGCUUCUGUCUGCUCUUCUUUUUUUCAUUUGAUCUUGUUCACUGCACAGUGCAC